GGGCUCGGGUGGUGAGAGCUGUGCGGCGUUGCGUGGUGGCGGGCUUCGCGGAGACGCUGAACGGCCGCGGCCGGCGCCGGGUUGGGGGCUCGCCGCCUGUAGCCAUGACCCUCGCAGUCUGUCCUUCGGCCCCGGCCGGGGGCGUCUAAUACCCCACACAGUCGCGCGCAGCUGCGGGAGAGCCCGGCCGCUGCCCCCUCGUCGCCCUUGGCGCCUUAUCACACUUCCUUUCCCGGAGCUGGGAGCAGCGCGGGCAGCCGGCUCCCCUGUGCAAGCUGGGGGUGUCUGCUGGAGCAGCCCUCGCCACCGCCGCCGCUGCCCCCCGGCUCUGGCCAUGGCCUGGCGGGGCGCAGGGCCGCGCGUCCUGGGGGCCCCCGGGGGCGUCGGUCUCAGCCUGCGGCUGCCGCUGCUUUUGCUGCUGCUCCUGAGGCCGGCGCGGGGCUUCGGGGACGAGGAGGAGCGGCGCUGCGACCCCAUCCGCAUCUCUAUGUGCCAGAACCUGGGCUACAACGUGACCAAGAUGCCCAACCUGGUGGGGCACGAGCUGCAGACGGACGCCGAGCUGCAGCUGACAACUUUCACGCCGCUCAUCCAGUACGGCUGCUCCAGCCAGCUGCAGUUCUUCCUUUGUUCCGUGUAUGUGCCCAUGUGCACAGAGAAGGUCAAUAUCCCCAUCGGCCCCUGCGGCGGGAUGUGUCUUUCAGUCAAGAGACGUUGCGAGCCUGUCCUGAAGGAAUUUGGAUUUGCCUGGCCAGAGAGCCUGAACUGCAGCAAAUUCCCACCACAGAAUGACCACAACCACAUGUGCAUGGAAGGGCCAGGUGAUGAGGAGGUGCCCUUACCUCACAAAACCCCCAUCCAGCCUGGGGAAGAGUGCCAUUCCGUGGGAACCAACUCUGAUCAGUACAUCUGGGUGAAGAGGAGCCUGAACUGCGUUCUCAAGUGUGGCUAUGAUGCUGGCUUAUACAGCCGCUCGGCCAAGGAGUUCACCGAUAUCUGGAUGGCCGUGUGGGCCAGCCUGUGCUUCAUCUCCACCGCCUUCACUGUGCUGACCUUCCUGAUCGAUUCUGCCAGGUUUUCCUACCCGGAGCGCCCCAUCAUAUUUCUCAGUAUGUGCUAUAAUAUUUAUAGCAUUGCUUAUAUUGUCAGGCUGACUGUAGGCCGGGAAAGGAUAUCCUGCGAUUUUGAAGAGGCAGCAGAACCCGUUCUCAUCCAAGAAGGACUUAAGAACACAGGAUGUGCAAUCAUUUUCUUGCUGAUGUACUUUUUUGGAAUGGCCAGUUCCAUCUGGUGGGUUGUUCUGACACUCACUUGGUUUUUGGCAGCGGGACUCAAAUGGGGUCAUGAAGCCAUUGAAAUGCACAGCUCUUAUUUCCACAUUGCAGCCUGGGCUAUCCCUGCAGUGAAAACCAUUGUCAUCUUGAUUAUGAGACUGGUGGAUGCAGAUGAACUGACUGGCCUGUGCUACGUGGGGAACCAAAACCUUGAUGCCCUCACGGGAUUUGUGGUGGCUCCCCUCUUCACUUACCUGGUGAUUGGAACUUUGUUCAUUGCUGCAGGCUUGGUGGCCUUGUUCAAAAUUCGGUCGAAUCUUCAAAAGGAUGGGACAAAGACAGACAAGUUGGAAAGACUGAUGGUCAAGAUUGGGGUCUUCUCAGUCCUGUACACGGUGCCUGCAACCUGUGUGAUUGCCUGUUAUUUCUAUGAAAUCUCCAACUGGGCGCUUUUCCGGUAUUCCGCAGAUGACUCCAAUAUGGCGGUUGAGAUGUUGAAAAUUUUUAUGUCUUUGCUGGUAGGCAUCACUUCAGGCAUGUGGAUUUGGUCUGCCAAAACUCUUCACACGUGGCAGAAGUGUUCCAACAGAUUGGUGAAUUCUGGGAAGGUAAAGAGAGAAAAAAGAGGGAAUGGUUGGGUGAAGCCUGGGAGAGGCAAUGAAACUGUGGUAUAAGGCUAGCCAGCCUCCAUGCUGUCCAGAUUUUGAAGGGGGCAUGCCAGCAUUGCGGUGCAGAUGCUACUAAAAGCUUCAUGCAGUGAAUCUCAGUUUGAACAAGCUAGCAACACUUAAGUGACCCCCAUAACCCUCCACCACUGUCCCCCGUCUACCCCCAGCAUCCUAAAACUAAUGAUUUUGCUGCGGACUUUGGAAUGAUCCAAAAUGGAAAAGCCAGUUAGAGGCUUUCAAAGCUGUGAAAAAUCAAAACAUUGAUCACUUUAGCAGGUCGCAGCUUGGAGCGUGGAGGUCCUGCCUAGAUUCCAGGAGGUCCAGGGCGAUGCUGCUUUUCCCUGCAGGGUGGGAUUUGAGCUGUGAGUAGGCAACUUGCAGGGAGAAAGAUUAACUUUUUUAACCCUUUAAAAAUUUUAAAUACUAACUGGGUCUUUCAGAUAGCAAAGCGAUCUAUAAACACUGGAAACGCUGGGUUCAGAGAAGUGUUACAAGAGUUUUAUAGUUUGGCUGGUCUAACAUAAACAUUUUCUGUGGUGUACUGUCUGCUGUUUAGAACUUUGUGGAUUGCUCUCCCAAGAGGUGGUGUCAGAAUCUUUCAGUGCCUUUGUCAUAAAACAGAAUAGUUUGAACAAACAAAAGUACUGUACAAACACACGUAAGGUAUCCAGUGGAUUUUUCUUCUCUCUCUUCCUCUUAAAUUUCAACAGCUCUGUCCUAGGCGGCUGCUGUUUUCUCCAUUUUAUGUUAAUGACUCAAAAACAGGUAUUUUUUAUAGGAAGUUUUGCACUGCAGCUUGCCUAAUGAGGGGGAAAGGAAGGGUGAUUCACUUUCUUGACAAUCACUUAAUUCAGAGGAAAAUGAUAUUUACUAAGUCGACUUACCUUACCCACCCCAGAGACCGACUGCAUUGAGCAACCGGGACUUAAUAUAUUUUACUUUGUGUGAUUGCAUCUAUGCAGACGCCAGUCUGGAAGAGCUAAAAUGUUAAGUUUCUUGGCAACUUUGCAUUCACACAGAUUAGCUAUGUAAUUUGUGUGUGUCAAUUACAAUUAAAAGCACAUUCUUGGACCAUGACAUAACAGUUACUCAGCUGACUUUAAAGCUAUGGUCAGCUUGCAUUCUCAGAAUGAUAGUGCCUUUUUUUUCCCUUUAGCAUAAGAAUGUUAUCAGAGUCUGGUCUACUUACCACAAUGGAGACUUUUUCAAUUUUGUAAAGGGAGCUAAGGACAGCUAAUCCAACUACUUGGUGCAUAAUUAUUUCCUAGUAAUUGGCAAGGGCUCCGUGUAAGAUUUCCUUGGAGGCAGUGUGGCCUGGAGUAUUUAUAUGGUGCUUAAUGAAUCUCCAGAAUGCCAGCCAGGAGCUUGAUUGGUUCGUAGGGAAUAAAGUGUAGACCAUAUGAAAUGAACUGCAAACUCUAACAGCACAGGUCUUAAUUGCCUUUUGCAGAGGUAUCCAGAGCUUUUAAAAUUUAUGCUUUAUGUUCCUUGCAAAGGGGUACCCCCUAGCAGACUCUCAAAAGCUGCAAUUCUUUUAAAAUUGUAACUGGCCUUUCUCCUAACCCGCCUCAGGCCUUCUAAUCACCAGAUCUCUGGGACAAAUUAUUGACGAUGUCACAGGUUGCUGUCCUUGAAGUUCAUACCUGUCUUUGCUUCAGCAAGUACCUUGCGAUGACUCAUUUAUUUAUUUAUUCAUGCUCUUCCCCCCUUUAAAACAGGUAGGAAAGCUCUUUUAUCACAUUUCUUUGUGGAAAAAUAUUUCCAGGGACUCAAAAUUCCAAAGAGGAGUUCAAAUUCUGGAAAUAAGCAUGUCUUUUUUUGUUUGAGCCUUAUGCCCCCUGGUUUGACAUUUUCCUUUCUUCUUUCUCUGUUGUGGUGUGGUUCUUGACCUGUCUGAGAUGAAGAUGCAUGUAAGGUCUGUUGCAUGUUUUGGAAGGCAAAGUCUUGGGGCUUUGGACACUGAUGCUAAGUGGGCACCGGUGGCCCCCGCUGUGUGUGCUGAGCCUGAGUACCUUGGCUGGACUCUGGGUCGGGUCUCCAGGAGCAUGAGAAAUGAUCCCCAGAAGGACCAGUUGAACUCCAUCUGAGACUGCAUCGCCUAUGAAAUGUAAAAUGUGAACGCCCCGUGCUGCUUGCAGAUGGUUCCCAUAGCUGGCUGGGGCCCUGGAGCAUGCACCCAGGGGCACAGCCUGCCCUUACUCACGCUCUGCUCCAGUGUCUUGGGAGUUGUGCGGAGACUCUGGCCCAGGAAAGGAAAGAAGGACCAGGCAGGGGAUUGUAAUGCAGUUCUCUCUGUAAUGUUUCAGUGAUCGUGUGACCGACGCGGCACCUAGCAGAGGGCCCGGCAUGGAGAGGGUGCUCAAUAUUUAUGAAUAGUAACAAAUGAGUAA